GUAAUCAUGGAGGAGCUGGAACAUACCUGUCCACUGCCACGAACGAAUUCUGGGAAAGGUCUCCAGCAUCCUUGGAAACACUGUCUCCGUUGCUAUGGGAAUGAAUCGUGCAUUGCUCCGUGGAGAUUUUUCCUCCAAUGAGUAAUCGGAUAUCACACACCUACAUUGCAUUGGAUAUGUAAAUGCAUAUGUGCCAGCUGGGUCUGCUGUGAAGAUGCUCUCACUGGGCAUUUCCUGAACAGACAGAUGGUCACUAUUGUCACAAAGACUCUUAUAGAGCCAGCCAUAUUUACCCCGGAGACGAGUUGUGAGUGUCGGGCUCCACAUGAGAAGCUGACGGUAGAGCUAGCUCGACUCGGAACGCCUGUGGACCGGCCGGUGCGAAUCUAUGCAGAUGGCAUCUUCGAUCUUUUUCAUUCUGGUCAUGCUCGUGCCCUGAUGCAGGCUAAGAAUCUGUUCCCUAACGCCUACCUUAUAGUCGGAGUAUGCAGUGAUGAACUCACUCACAAGUACAAGGGCUUCACCGUAAUGACAGAAGACGAACGGUACGAGGCAUUGAGACACUGCCGCUACGUUGAUGAGGUUUUGCGCGAUGCGCCCUGGACUCUGACCCAAGAGUUUUUAGAAAAACACAAGAUCGACUUUGUGGCGCAUGACGACAUCCCAUACUCCUCUGCUGGAUCUGAGGACGUGUACAAGCAUAUUAAGGAGGCAGGUAUGUUUGUGCCCACUAAAAGGACAGAAGGGAUCUCAACGUCUGACCUGAUCACCCGGAUAGUGAGAGACUAUGACGUGUACGCUAGACGCAACUUGCAGAGGGGUUACACCGCUAAAGAACUGAACGUCAGUUAUAUUAAUGAAAAGAAGUACCGUCUGCAGAAUCAGGUGGACAGGAUGAAAGAGAAGGUGCGGACGGUAGAGGAGAAGUCCAAGCACUUUGUGUAUAGAGUGGAAGAGAAGAGCCAUGAUCUUAUUCAGAAGUGGGAGGAGAAAUCACGAGAGUUCAUUGGGAACUUCCUGGAGCUCUUUGGUCCAGAUGGGACAUGGAAGCAAAUGUUUCAGGAACGUAGUGGACGAAUGAUCCAGGCGUUUUCUCCACGCGGCUCACCCAGCAGCAGCCCACCAAGGGACUUUUCCCCAUCCCGCUCUCCGUCACCUCCAUCCCGCUGGGCCAUGCCCCGAACCUCACCGCCCUCGUCCCCGAAGGGCGCCUCGGCCUCCAUCAGCAGCAUGAGUGAGGGUGACGAGGACGAGAAGUGAGGAAUAAACCAUCACACACAUAAUAGACUGCACUUUACCCACAAAUACACGCAUUAGCAGCGAUGACAGGUCAACUACCCUCAUGGGAAAAUUUAAAGUACUGUACACAGCACAGGGCUGUUGAAGUCCUGUUUAGUUGUGCUGAUAUUACAGCAAAUAUUUGAAAGCCAUCGCAGCCCUGAACAGAUUCUGGG